CCCUUCAUUAAUUAGUUUUGCUUCUCAGCCUUCUGAGUUUUAGGUCCUCAGCUUCCCCCUGCACGCCUCUCUCUCUGUGCAGUGCUACGUCUUUUGUUCCAAUGGCGUGUAGAGCGCAUUGGAGCUCUAAGAUUUUACUGUACUUGAAACUUGUCCUGGUUCUGAGUACGUUUUGCCAAUGUUCCCAACUGAGGAGGCUGAAGGCUUCAAUUAGAUCGAGACGCAACGCUACCUUCAGUCAAAGCGGGGACAAAAGUAACAUCGUCUACAGUGGAAGACUCUUGAUCUUUCAACAAGAACUUGGAGGCCAUACCGGACCCCCGAGUGACCACCUGGAUGUGGAUUCAGAUUACCAAGCAGACGUGGGGUGGGACAUGUCCGUGCAGCCCAGCGGUCCCGCAGGUUUCUUCAGACCGGACCAGAGAAAUGUGAAGCAGCUCCUUCAGAUGGAUCCUAAAGUGGAAUGUACCGCCGACUCCAUGAAGCUUCAAGUCCAACAUACUAUUUCCUCUCCAGGAUCCUUGAUAUUGGUUGACAGGGGGAGUCUAUCCCCUCUGCCUCUGUCCAUGCUGCCACAAAGCUGUGGUUACACCAUGGGGUCCACACCCAGCGGUACGGUCUUGGUCGCUCCUUACAAUGGCUGCUUUGUCACUCUUCAGGAGGAUAGUUAUGUACUGCCAUUACUUUGGUGGGGACUUCCUGUGAGGAUGACCUGCCCGCUGAUGGGAGGGUCUUCAAACACCCCCAUGGUCACCUGCCAUGCCGAGGGCAUGUUUGUCAAAUUUGAGCGGGUUCCGUAUGCCUCGAACAUUAAAAUAAAGUUGAACGGCACCUGGGAGGGGUUGAUUACUGCAGCCCCCAAAUGUAGGAUCAGUGUAGUUGAACAUAAAGGUGUGACCAUCUAUCUCCGCUAUGAUCCCUGUGUGGAGAAGGAGGAUGGACUGUACACAGUUUUGUUGGCGGGACAAGGAGAAACUAAGGUUUCCUGUCCAUCAAUGACCCAAGGUCAAUAUGAACCCCCAAAAAGCCCAACACAGACGCCAAAACAACCACAAGCCCCAGUUGAGUUGUAUCACCCUCACCUAGUCUAUCCUUCACCUUCAAAUCCACACAAACCUGUGGCAAAUCCCAUGCCUGUUCCCUACCAGUUUCAACCUGAGGUACCACAGGCUGGAAAGGAACCAGAUACCAAACCCAUACCUGCCCUACAGUACCCCAAACCACCACAACUGGAAGUUUUUCCAGGUCAUGUUCACAAGCCUGCCCAUUUGUACCCCUAUCCACUUUACCCUAUGCCUAGUCCUGGAGCAGACCUUGACAAAAACCCCAUGCCUGUUCAACCUGAAGUUCCUCCAGGUCAUGAGAAUCUGCCAUUUCAUCUCUUCCCUAUGCCAUGGCCAGGAAAAACCCCAAAUAAAGUUGCCAAACCAGUUCCUUCUCCACAGCCUUCUAAACCACAACAACCUGAGGUUUUACCAGAUCAUAUCCAUAAGCCUGUUUAUCCUUACAAAUAUCCACUUUACCCUCUAAUUAACCCUAUGGAGUACCCUGACAAAAAACCCAUGCUUUCUCCAUCAAAACUACCUCAAAUUUCUCCCAAUGUAGAGAAGCUGCCAUUUCACUCCUUAUUCCCCAUACCUAGCCCUGGGAGAGACCCUGACAAAACACCCAUUCCUGUUCUAUCAAAACAACCUGAAGUUCCUCCAGGUCUAGAGGAUCCACUGUACUCCUUCUUCGACAUGCCACUGCCUGAAAAAAAACCUGAGGUACAGCCAGGUCAGGAUGGACAACCAGCCUAUCCCAAUUCAUUUUACCCUGUAACACUUGAUGAUAAACCUGUUGUACCCCUUCUUCUACAGCCACAAAAACCUGGCACUCAGUCCAGUCGGACUGGACAGCCAGUGUAUCCCUUUCAGCCGCUACCUGAAACUAAUCCUAAUCCUUCUAAUCUGCAAGACCCUGAAAUUUCCUCAGAGCAUCAGCCAGUCCAUCCUUAUUCUUUAGACUCCUUAUCAGGGUCUGAACCUAAACCAAUGGACAAGCCUAUGCCAGCUCUAAAACAACCUGAGUGCCCUCCAGGUAAUGUGCCUUGCAAGUACCCAUUUUCACCGUAUCCUGUGCCUGGCCCUGAACCAUCCAAAAAGCCGAUUCCACUUGAACCAAAACAACCUGAGGGUCCUCCGUGUAAACAAGAGCAGAAGCAGCCAGCCUAUCCAUACCUCUAUCCACUCGACCCUGUCACAAACCCUAAAGAACCAGGCAAAAAGCCAUUGCCUGAUCCAUGGCCGUUCCAGCCUAACGUGCCACCGAGUCAUGUGGAGAAGCCAGUCUACCCCUUUAUAACAGAGCCUGAAAAUAAACCACUUACCACACCUGUAAAACAUCCACAUCCUCCCAAACAACCAAAGCCCGAAUUGCCUCCAGAUCAGGACCAGCAGGCUUACUAUCCAUACAUCAAUCCAGUCUAUCCCGUACCCUUUUCUGAAGAGAUUUCCAAAAAUCCAUUACCUUCUCCACAGCAAUCUAACCAAAAACCAGACAACCCCUAUCCUUAUUUUACAUUCAACUCUGUACCAGUUAUAAAGCCCCCACUUGCUCCACAGGCACCGCAACCGCAGAAGCCUAAGGUUCCUGGGAAAACAAUUCAGGGACAAGUCCACAUGCCCUUUCAAUCUCAAAUACCACAAAUCCCAGAUAGUGAAACAUAUAAUACACAUUUCACUGAGAAGCCUGAAGAAAGUGAAAAACCUUUACCUAUCAAACCGCUACAUAGCCAAAAACCACAAUGGCAUCCGUAUCUACCACCAUUUUUUCCAAACAAGCACUCCGAUCAGGUUAAAACCCCUGCGCAGUCUGCUAAAGGGGAAGUGGCCCUUCAAGGUUCAGGACCUGGUUGUGUUAAGUUUUGCACUACUGGUUAUUCAAAUUGCUGCCCACAGAUUGCUUUUCAUCAACAUCUUUAUCAUCUUUCCCCUUCUGAUCCAGAUGGUAAGGUGAUUGGUGGAAUCUCCCAGGGAGUUCCAUAUGUUGCCUCUAUGACGUAUGGCCUCGGAGAUAUUAGUUAUACCUGGCCUGCUCAAAAACCCCAUGACUCUGUCCCUCCGUCCAGUCACUCUUUGCCAUAUGAAAGUCAACAACACUACCACCAGCCACUAGGUGGCAAUCCGGCAUUAUUAGGAAGUGAUCCCACCAAGACAGCAGCUCCUGAGAUACCAAUUCCCCCUUUUGUUCCUGACUCCAAUAUGCAUUUUUCCAGUUGGCCAUAUGAGACUGAACAUUCUCCACAAGGACAAUCCUCACCUCAGGUUGCGCCUCCGUUCGGUUUUCAGAAUCCUGGCGGGCAAAAUCAAAAUGGCGCCAUAAAUAAUUCACCCGAUUUAGGUACUACGUCUUAUAUUACCAAAUUACUUCAGCAGCACCAACACGCACAUCAAAUGCCAACUCCAAGAGACCUGGAAAAACCUUCCCCUUCACAAGCUCAGGGUGAACUUGGUCCUCUGCCUCCCUACGCAAUGCUGAAAGAUGAAGAAGCAGCUGCAAAUACUACAAACUAUUUUCCGCAUUCAUCACUUCUAAAAAGAAGGAAAUCCUCCAAACGUCCCCCGCAUGAACCAAAAGGAUACAUGCUACUACAACGUGGUCCACCAGGUAAAACGCCUAGUACUUCGGAGUCCGAACAGAAAAUCCAGACGGUGGCUGUUGACCAAACCGUCCCUGCCCGACGUUUUGCAAGGGAACCACAACUUCGGAUAUUGCUAGGGAAAGAACUGGCCAAGCCUUCCAAUGAUGACUCAAAAUCCAACAAACAUACCAGUCUGCCGUAUGUUCCUGUAAAAGUAUCCGAAGUCCAGAGAUCAGUGGCUGACAGGCUUGGACUGGGCCAUCACGGUGACGGAGGAUCCGAACGGAAUAAACCAAAAUGACAUUCAUUCAUUGUAUAACUAAUAAAUUUGACUGCCAAACUCACAAAAA